AUGCCAUUAAAUACUAUAUAUAAGCAGCCACAAAAUCAGAUCAUUAUCCAUUCAGGUUCUCCUUCACUUCUUGUCCUCUACGUUGGAAAAGAGGAAUUGAGAGCCAUGAAGGUCCUCAUCCUUGCCUGCCUGGUGGCUCUGGCCCUUGCAAAAGAGGAAGAACUCAAUGUAUCCAGUGAGAUUGUGGAAAGCAUUUCAAGCAGUGAGGAAUCUAUUACACACAUCACUAAGAAAAUUGAGAAGUUGCAAAGUGAGGGACAGCAGCAAGCAGAGGAUGAACUCCAGGAUAAAAUCCACCCCUUUGCCCAGACACAGUCUCUAGUCUAUCCCUUCACUGGGCCCAUCCCUUACAGCCUCCCACAAAACUUCCUGCCUCUUCCUCAAACUCCUGUGAUGGUGCCGCCUUUCCUUCAGCCUGAAAUAAUGGGAGUCUCGGAAGUGAAGGAGACUAUGGUUCCUAAGCACAAAGAAAUGCCCUUCCCUAAGUAUCCAGUUGAGCCCUUUGCUGAAGGCCAGAGCCUGACUCUCACUGAGGCUGAAAACCUGCACUUCCCUCUGCCUCUGCCCCAGUCUUGGAUGCACCAGACUCCCCAGCCUCUUCCUCCAGCCGUUAUGUUUCCUCCUCAGUCUGUGCUGUCCCUUUCUCAGCCCAAAGUUCUGUCUGUUCCCCAGAAAGCAGUGCCCUAUCCCCAGAGAGAUAUGCCCAUCCAGGCCUUUCUGCUGUACCAGGAGCCUGUACCUGGUCCUGUCCGGGGACCCUUCCCUUUUAUUGUCUAAGAGGAUUUCAAAGUGAAUGUCCCCUCCUCACUUUUGAAUUGACUGCAACUGGAAAUAUGGCAACUUUUCAAUCCUUGCAUCGUGCUACUAAGAUAAUUUUUAAAUGAGUCUACAUGGAACAAAAAAUGAAACUUUAUUCCUUUAUUUAUUUUAUGCUUUUUCAUCUUAAUUUGAAUUUGAGUCAUAAAUGAUAUAUUUUCAAAAUUUUAAUUCAACAUUAGCAUAAAAGUUCAAUUUUAACUUGGAAAUAUCAUGAACAUAUCAAAAUAUGCAUAAAAAUAAUUUCUGGAAUUGUGCUUAUUAUUAUUUCUUUACGAAUCUAUUUCCUACCCAGUCAUUUCAAUAAAUUAAUCCUUAGGCAUA